AUGUCAAAUUCAAUUCUUUCCGCCUCGGCCAAAGGAGCCACAUUUCUAAUUCUCCUGCAGGUGGCCUCACGAGCGCUUACAUUUGCGGUCAACCAAGUCUUGUUGAGAUUUCUAUCUCCAGAGCUUCUUGGUGUGUCAGCUCAGCUUGAACUGUUCUCCAUCUCUGUGCUUUACUUUGCACGUGAAAGCUUGCGAGUAGCGCUUCAACGCCAGGCGCACGGAACUCAAGCUGUCGUCAAUCUAUCGUAUCUUGCGGUUUUCUUUGGUACGCCAUUGGCCUACCUCCUCGCCCUCCUAUGGCUCCGUUCAGGCACGCCAGAUGUUCCCUACUUCGUGGAGUCUCUAGUCAUCUAUUGCCUCGCUACCUUUAUCGAACUUCUUAGCGAGCCAGCAUUCUCGGCCGUGCAGCAGAAGCUGCUAUACAAGAUACGUGCGUCGGCUGAAAGUACUGCUACUUUACUUCGUUGCUUCGGAACAUGCGGAUCGGCCAUUCUGGCCAGUCGAUAUAGUGUCGACAUUGGAGUUCUUCCGUUCGCUAUCGGUCAGUUGACUUACGCUCUGGCACUCUUCGUUGUGUACUUUUACCAGACUUGGCCGGUCGCGAAAGCUGAUGGCUUCUCCCUCUUCCCGGAAAAGGCUCCCUUAACGAAGGAGAACUCGAGUUCAAUGAACUACUUUUCGGCUCCUCUUCUACGACUCACAGGCUCUCUUACUCUCCAAUCAGCUUUGAAAUACAUUCUUACACAAGGAGAUUCCUUGCUGAUUACGGGACUGGCAUCACUUGCAGACCAAGGUGCCUAUGCUCUUACGUCUAACUACGGAGGUCUCAUUGCACGAACGCUCUUCCAGCCCAUCGAAGAGAGUAGCCGUAACAUGUUUGCGAAGCUUUGUGCAAGCGUAGAGCCACCAUCGACUGCUAAAGGAGCGGACAAGUCAAAGGCAACCAAAGAACAGAAGCAGAACCUUGCUCAAGCCUCAAAUGUUUUAUCGACGAUUUUGCGCCUCUAUGCGAUCAUCUCCUUGUUUGCAACCACAUUAGGACCGGUAUUGGCUCCUCAUCUACUCUCAAUUGUCGCUGGCGAGAAGUGGUCCGCAACUUCCGCCUCAAAGGUGCUUUCCACAUACUGUUUCUAUAUACCUUUCCUCGCCAUCAAUGGCGUAACCGAAGCCUUCGUAGCUGCAGUCGCAACGAACAAAGAGCUAUACGCGCAGUCUGUCUCCAUGGGGAUCUUCUUCGCACUUUUCGCGGGGAGCGCCUGGUUUUUCAUCGGUCAACUAGAGCUAGGAGGCAACGGUGUGGUUCUUGCGAACAUGGUCAACAUGGGCUUGCGCAUGGUCUGGAACACAUGGUUUAUCAAAAGGUUCUUCGGACAGAGAGACAUGCAGUUCAGCGUGCUUGAGACGCUGCCUUCGCUCACUGCUUGGGCCCCUGCUAUCAUCGUUCCCACCCUGAUGCGAACACGGCCAGGGUUAAACAAAAGCCGCAAAAUCGCGCCAUCGAAGUCCGCGGCUCGUACCGAGACCUCCGCCUGCCUCUUGGCUAGUACAUGCAAUCGGACGCCCUUGUCGCAAAUCCGGAGAAGUAGCAUUCCGCGAGAUGGCUGGCUUGGACAAGUCGAAGUAUUACCAUGGCCUGUGUAUCUUGAUCGUGCCGCUAUAUCGCUCUAUGAUGCCCAAUACGAGAAUGGCCAUGCCGUUCCUAUCCCAGAAGCAACAAUGGGCCAAGUUAUCAAAUCUCUCUUGCGCUUCAGAUCAACUUGCAAAGACUUCAACGUCCCUGAAGAGCAUAUUCGAAUUGUUGCCACGGAAGCCACCCGCAAAGCGAUUAACUCGGAAGACUUUCAGAACAAGAUCAAGGAGGCAGUUGGAUGGACUGUCGAGCUUUUACCGAAGGAGAUGGAGGGCAGAAUUGGAGCGUUGGGUGCAGCAAGCUCGUACGAGAAUGUCAGGGGCUUGAUGAUGGAUCUGGGAGGAGGCAGCACGCAGCUUACGUGGAUCACGACGGAGAACGGCGAAGUCAACAUGAGCGAGAAGGGCAGUGCAAGUCUACCGUUUGGUGCUGCAGCGCUCACACAAAGACUAGAAGCAGCAGGCUCAGUCGGCAGCAAAAGCUACCGAGCAUUGGAGAAAGACGUCGUAGCGGAUCUGAAGGCUGCUGUCAAGGAUAUACAAAUACCUAGUCACCUUCUUGAGCGUUCCAAGUCUCCCGAAGGGCUCCAGCUUUACCUAUCAGGGGGCGGCUUUCGCGGUUGGGGCUUCGUUUUGAUGUCUGAGCACUCGAUUAGACCAUAUCCUAUUCCGAUCAUCAACGGUUUCUGGAGUACGACCGAUAUGUUCCAUGAUACGCAAGCUGUUCAAGCAGCUGUGCAAAAGGAGGACACGCCUGAAAUCUUUCGAGUCUCCGCCCGACGUGCAAGUCAGGUACCCGCAGUGGCGUUUCUGGUCACUUGCCUGUCACAAGCAUUGCCGAGCAUCAUGGGUGUGCACUUUUGUCAGGGCGGUGUAAGAGAAGGGAUACACUUUGCGGAGAUGGACCCUAGUGUGAGGAAAGAAAGCCCUCUGGUCGUAGCCACAAGGCCAUAUGCCCCAACGUCAACACAAGAGCUCGUUGGAACCUUACUCGAGGCUAGUCAGGCUCCACCGAUAGGUGGUCAAGGUGCACCGUUCAGCAGCACUCUGAUUACAGCUUUCGUGCAAGGCAUGUUUGCGCACAUGGCGCACGUCAAGGAUCUUCGCGGUGGAGCAGCCCUUCGAAGCACAACAACAGGUAUUUUUUCUGCUGCACAUGGUUUAAGCCACCAGCAGCGCGCUCUCCUCGCCAUUUUCCUCUGCGAGCGCUACGGAGGAUAUGGUUCCAUCAGCCCAACGGAACAGGACUUCUACCGGCGGAUACUGCAGCUAGUCCCCGAGGGCGUGGAAUGGUGGUGUAUGUACCUCGGACGGGUUGCUGCCGUACUAGCAAGCGUGUAUCCCGCAGGUGCGGUUAGAGAGGAGAGAGUCAAGGUGAAGGUGCAAUGGGGGAUUACGAAGAAGGAUAACAAAAAACUGCACAUUGAUUUUGCGUUUAGCAAGCAGCCGGAUGAAUUGGAUGAAGGGCUGAAUGCAGCUCUACGGAAAGUCGAGAAAGCGGGCAAGAAGAAGAACUGGAUUGACGGCAGUGGGUACAAGAUACUACUGACAGUGAACGGGCGGGAGUACACUGGAGACGAGAAGUAG